CUCUCUCUCUCCUGUCCCUCCCUCCCUCCCUCUCUCUCUCUCUCUCUCUCUCUCUCUCUCUGUUAGGGUUUCAGAGUCGCCGCUUCUUCUCCAAUCUCUCUCCCCCCCCUCCGUCGGAUCGGUUAUUGACAAGCUUUCCAUCUCCGAGUUCACUCAUCAGCUCGGGACAGCAUGGCGAUGGAAAUCACACAGAUCCUCUUAAAUGCGCAAGCAGUGGAUGGAGCUGUGCGGAAGAAUGCCGAAGAAAAUCUAAAACAAUUUCAGGAGCAAAACCUCCCAAGUUUCUUGUUUUCACUAGCAGGGGAACUGGCUAAUGAAGAGAAGCCUGCUGAGAGCCGUAAGCUGGCUGGUUUGAUUCUCAAGAAUGCUUUGGAUGCUAAAGAACAGCACAGGAAGUAUGAAUUGGUGCAACGAUGGUUGGCUUUGGAUGUUUCAGUGAAGGCCCAAAUUAAGUCCUGCUUGAUUAAGACGCUGUCAUCUCCCUCUGGCGAUGCUCGCUCUACUGCAUCUCAAGUUAUAGCUAAAGUUGCCGGUAUAGAGCUGCCUCAGAAGCAGUGGCCGGAGUUGAUAGGAACUCUGUUAUCAAAUAUUCAUCAGUUACCCCCCCAUACCAAGCAAGCCACGCUUGAAACUCUCGGAUAUAUCUGUGAAGAGGUGUCCCCAGAUGCUGUUGAGCAGGAUCAUGUAAAUAAGAUACUUACAGCUGUUGUUCAGGGUAUGAACUCAUCCGAGGCCAACAAUGAUGUCAGGCUUGCCGCUACACGAGCUCUAUACAAUGCCUUGGGGUUCGCUCAGGCAAAUUUUUCCAAUGACAUGGAACGUGAUUACAUUAUGAGAGUUGUCUGUGAGGCCACACUCUCGCCUGAAGUUAAGAUUCGGCAGGCUGCUUUUGAGUGUUUGGUUGCUAUAUCUUCGACGUACUAUGAGAAAUUGGCUCCUUACAUUCACGACAUCUUCAACAUCACUGCGAAGGCUGUUAAGGAAGAUGAAGAGCCUGUUGCUCUUCAGGCAAUUGAGUUCUGGAGCUCUAUCUGUGAUGAGGAGAUUGACAUUUUAGAUGAGUAUGGGGGUGAUUUCAGUGCUGAUUCAGAUAUUCCUUGCUUUUAUUUUAUCAAACAGGCCCUCCCAGUCCUUGUUCCGAUGUUGCUGGAGACGCUUCUUAAGCAGGAGGAGGAUCAGGAUCAAGACGAAGGUGCUUGGAAUAUUGCAAUGGCUGGAGGUACGUGCUUGGGCCUGGUUGCACGAACAGUCGGAGAUGAUAUUGUGCCACUUGUUAUGCCAUUUAUUGAGGGGAACAUAACAAAACCAGAUUGGAGACAACGAGAAGCGGCAACCUAUGCUUUUGGUUCCAUCUUAGAAGGCCCGUCUCCUGAAAAGCUUGUACCUAUUGUUAACGUUGCUCUUAACUUCAUGCUCAGUGCUCUGAUGAAGGAUCCGAGUAACCAUGUUAAGGACACAACUGCCUGGACACUGGGAAGAAUGUUCGAAUUCCUUCAUGGUUCAACUCUAGAUACUCCAAUAAUCACUCCAGCAAAUUGUCAGGAGAUUAUCACUGUUCUCCUGCAGAGCAUGAAAGACGUUCCUAAUGUUGCAGAGAAGGCCUGUGGGGCUUUAUAUUUCCUCGCUCAAGGUUAUGAAGAUAUGGGGCCAUCAGUCUCCCCACUGACUCCAUACUUUCAGGAUAUUCUACAGGCCCUCUAUGGAGUGACCCGUCGAGAAGACGCUGGAGAGUCUCGCCUUCGAACAGCAGCCUAUGAGACUCUGAAUGAAGUUGUGAGGUGCUCUACUGAUGAGACCGCUCCUAUGGUGAUGCAGCUGGUUCCUCUCAUCAUGAUGGAGCUUCACCAAACUCUUGAAACACAGAAGCUUACGGCCGAUGAGAGGGAGAAGCAGAACGAGUUGCAAGGCCUUCUCUGUGGUUGUUUACAGGUCAUCAUACAGAAAUUGGGUUCAUCUGAGGCCACAAAGUAUGUCUUUUUGCAAUGUGCUGAUCAGAUGAUGGGCCUUUUCUUGAGAGUUUUCAGCAGCAAAAGUGCCACUGCUCAUGAAGAAGCUAUGCUUGCCAUUGGAGCCCUUGCCUAUGCAGCAGGCUCCAAUUUCGAGAAGUACAUGUCGGAAUUUUACAGAUACCUUGAGAUGGGGUUGCAGAACUUUGAGGACUAUCAGGUCUGUGCUAUCACAGUCGGUGUCGUGGGAGACUUAUGCAGGGCUUUGGAGGAUAAGAUCUCUCCUUACUGUGAUGGAAUCAUGACCCAACUUCUUAAAGAUUUGUCGAGCAAUCAGUUGCACCGAUCUGUAAAGCCGCCCAUAUUCUCCUGCUUUGGAGACAUUGCCCUGGCUAUUGGAGAGAACUUUGAGAAGUACUUGAUAUAUGCGAUGCCCAUGCUUCAGAGUGCAGCAGAGUUAUCAGCCCACACAUCAGGUGCUGAUGAUGACAUGACGGAGUACACCAAUUCUUUGAGGAAUGGAAUACUCGAGGCAUACUCGGGGAUCUUUCAAGGGUUCAAAGGCUCUCCAAAGACCCAGUUAUUGAUGCCUUAUGCACCUCACAUUCUUCAGUUUUUGGAUAGUUUAUACAUGGAGAAGGACAUGGAUGAUGUGGUUAUGAAGACGGCAAUUGGGGUCCUUGGAGAUCUGGCGGACACCCUGGGUAAUAGUGCAGCUCCCUUGAUUCAGAAUUCGGUAUCAAGCAAAGACUUCCUAAACGAAUGUUUGUCAUCGGAUGAUAGCAUGAUCAAGGAAUCCGCUGAAUGGGCGAAGAUGGCAAUCAGUCGGGCUAUUUCUUUUUGAGAGGGGUCCGCUGGCUUCAUCUUCUUCGUACAUUCUCUCGAGUCCUUUGCAUGCAUUCGGGUGUGUCAAGUUGGGGUCGGACAUUUGCAUAUCAUCUCAUGGGUCGUCUGGGUCAUCACCAUUUUUGGGCGCAGAAAAAAAGCAUCGUCGGGAUUUUGCCAUCAGGAUCACGGGUCUCAUCCUCAUCAUCAUCAGCAGCGUGGAGUCUUCAUCUAUGUCUUCUUUCAUUCUAGUUUUAUAAUGUCACUGUUUCUUCUUUAGCCAUGAAGAGGAAUUGGGUGGUGAUGGCCCAUGCAUCUAUUUAUCUGCUGACUUGGCAGAUAAGUAUAUGAUGAAACUAUAUAAGAUACUGCGGAACCUAAAACCAAGUUAUAGGUGUGGGAGGAAUGAUAUCUAAGAGGAGACCCCAUCAGACAGCUUUCAAUGCUUUAUACAGUGGUGGCAGUUUCUUGAAUCCAGGGUGGACUCGGUGCUGAAGAUUAGUUCUUCUGGAGUCGGGGGAUCUAUAGGAGCAUUUAUGAGGCUGCACAUUUUCUUUUCUUUUCUAUGAUUUUUCAUCAUCCCGGUCGCCUUCGUCGUUUUGAUUUGCUCGUCUCCCUCACCAGAAUUUGGUGUCCAAAGGUAUUUGCAUUAUUCAAAUUCGUCAUAGAGAGUUUGGGUCUUUCCUUUGAAGCCUCUCUUUGUACUCAUUUUGUAUACACUUGCUCAGAACGUGGUGUUUGUUGUGAGAACCACAGAAAGGUCCAGGGCAUUCAUAGCAUGCAUUUAUUCAUGUCAAAUCCAGUUUCAUGUUCAUUAUUACAUAAUUCUUUUCUUGGAAGAAAGUCGAUGUUCUGAUGUAUGCUUUCCCGGUUUCUUUUACACAGCUCUCUUAAUUAUCAUGCUAAAAUCUGUUGAUGUCUUCUCCAAUCCUUGGGUAUGGGUUUCACUCAUUUUGGGGUAUUAGAGUGUGUUUAUUCGGAUUGUGCAUGUUUAGGUCUGUGUGCAGCAUUCAUGUUAGAUCCAGUUCCUUGUUUCCUGAGAAUAUCGAACACGCAAGAGAUGGUUACCUGUGUUUGUGCAUCCUGUCCAUUGGUACUGUUCAGUCCUGGAACCAGGAUGUCGGGAAGUUGAAGGCUACGGGUUUUGUAUAAUUGUUGUUGGGCGUUGUUUUGAAGUCUGGUGAAAGAUUUGGUGAUUUAUUUGCUGGUUCUAAUAAGGUCCAGUCUAGUAUGUUGCCGGAAAUGAGAUUAUUGAAGAAAUUUGUGUAAGUCGAGGGGUGAAUUUUCCAGUCGUCACUGUACAGAAUAAGAUUGUUCAUACAGUUUUUGAAUUGGAAAAACAGGAAAUGAAUUGAUGUAUAUUGAACUUGAA